AUGCAGCGAACAUUCCGCAACGUAAACGAGGGCGAGUUCUAUCAGGGUCUGACUGGAAUGAUAUCCCACCUUCGUCGUCAAAAAUCUCUAAUCGAUCGCUUGCAAUCCACAUGCCCUGCCCUUUCAGGAACGCGGUGGCUGUCACUGUCACGUGUGUCUUCAUAUCUCUUGAUUCACCGGACCGAAAUUAUUAACCAUUACGAAUCGUUGAAUAUGGAAAGACGAAGCAGCCAGCAAUCUUCCACAUUCUGGAUCUACCUUGCUGCCGUCAAUGUAAUUGCAUCUGACAUCAGCGAAACAGUACAGCGCCUGCAAGGAAACCGAUCAUUAUUGAAUCAACAAUCUGCUGAAAUCCAAGAUUGCAUCGAGCGCUUGGUAAAGCUGGCGUUUGCAGAGUCAAUAUCCGAGGAACAAUCAAAUUUAGAUCCUGAGCAGUAUAUUUACAGCAGAGGGCUGCGGUUUACAAAAGAAGACUUGCAUGGCUUUUUGUGUGACCAAGGCUUGUUCGUUGUUCAGCUUCUGCGAUUGACGGAAUCCUCCGGAACAGAGAGGAUUCUUCAACACGUUGCCAAUAUGCUCAGCUCCUUGAUUGCCGGACUCAAGGACGUUUGUGCAGAACGGACUGACCUGAACACGGCCAAUAAUCACCUUGUUCUCCCAACGUUGCCUUGGGAAUACAUUGAAAUGCGGCCCCGGGAUCUUAUUGCUUUGCUGGAAAAUCACCACCACCGGUUGGAGGCUUCUUUCAAUCCUAGUGAAAUUGAAGCUAUUU